AUGAAGUUCUCAAUCCUCACCUUCACCACCCUCUUCGCCGCCCUUGCAGCUGCAGCUCCCGCUCCCGAGGCCGAGCUCGUCGCUAGACAGUGCUCAUGCCACAAGAUCGGCAAUGAGUGGUUCUGCAGCGGCAGACUUUGCCCCAAGGACUUCAUCCCUACGCCUGCGAUGACUAAAAGAGACGUUGAUAUCCAGGCUCGCGGCUGCAGCUGCAAGCCUAUUGGUAACGGCGAGUACUUCUGCAUUGGAAGCUCUUGCCCUUGA